AGGAAGUUGGGGAAAUCCAACUUUCACUUUGAAAACUACGUCAUCCUGUAAAAUUUUCCCAAGAAAAUGGACCAAACAAGAUUAAGAGCCACUAACAAUUAUGUAUACAGUGUUUCCGAAGAUUUAAUUGGGAAAGGAGCAACAUGUGAAGUCUAUCGUGGCAUCCACAAGGAGUCAGGACAGAUUCAUGCUUUGAAAAUAUUCGAGCGACGACUCAAGGUGGUGGCGGAACGAGAAAUAGAGGCGUUGAGAUCGCUGAAGCAUGAAAAUAUUGUGGAAUUCAUUGGGCAGGAAACGGAUAAAGACACAGGUAGGGUGGUGGCUGUUAUGGAGUACUGCGACAAAAGUCUGUACAGCGCCCUGUGUGAGCCUGAGCAUCGAAGUGGACUUUCAGAGUCAGAAUUCAUACGGUUCUUUAAACACACAGUUGAGGGGAUGAAACAUCUCAGACAACAUGACUUUCUACACAGGGACAUAAAACCGGGAAACAUCCUGGUGUCCCAGGAUGACGACGGCAGCUAUGUGUACAAGUUGACAGAUUUUGGCACGGCCAAGCCAGUACUGGAAACAGAGGCCUUUCAGUCAUUGGUUGGAACAGAAGAAUACUUGCAUCCAAACAUUUUCAAAGCAGCAUUUAUCGAGCCAGGGAAAGCCCGACAGUUUGAUGCGGCGGCAGAUUUGUGGAGUCUUGGAGCAACGUUGUACCAUGCAGCAACGGGACGAGUUCCGUUCCAGCCUCACCAGGGAAGAAGCAACAAACUCGUUAUGUUUGAGAUGAUAGCCAAAAAGCCGUUUGGAGUGAUAGGUGUGGAACAGAAGUCUGACGGCGGAGAUUUGAUCUGGAUCACUGAACUGCCUAAUCAACGAUACUCAAGAUGGUUACGAGAUGCGCUCACUGACAUCUUGAAGCGCUUGAUGGAGGGGGAUCCUACAAAGGCCAUGACCUUUGACGCCUUCUUCAACGCGGCAGACGACAUUCUCAGCCGCCAUAUUGUUUUCUUUUUCUCGACCACAUCUGCGCGACAUUUCCGACUGUAUAUGCAACAGGAUUCUGUAUUUGCUGACAUCCAGCAUGAGGUAAAAGUUGAAACGAACAUUCCGCCAAAGGACCAAUUGAUACAUUACGAGGGUUGUCUCCUUCGUGACGUCGUUGGAGAAAUGGACCCACUUUGCACGUACCCAAAAAUGAGCGAGGAAACACCUCUUGUGAUGAUACGGUCGACUGCUGUCGAUCAGUGUGUGAUGCCUGAUGAGGUCAAAUUCUGGUACAAUGACCCACUUUUUGAAAACAUUCCAUCGUUUUAUCAAUCAACAAACAUGGAAUAUGACUUGCGUGUUGCGAAGACGAUUUGUGACUCGAUCGCCCUCGUUCAGAGUCAUGUUCAGCUUGCUUGCCUCACUCAACAGUUGUUUGAAAAGAUCAUCGGUCGAACAGAACGGUGGAAAGAAAUCUUGGUUUCCCGACUCCAAACAGAGGUCGAACUAUAUCGGUACCGGGUUAAAGAUCUCGUGCACAUACAUUCCGCCAUAGCACGUGCAGGCGUCAUGCCGAACCCUGGUGUCUCCAUUGAUGAUAUCAAGUCGAGAAUCAACAGUUGUAGCAGUUUUAUGAAGCGCAUCCAGGAGUUUGCUUCCGACAACCCAAUACCAACAUUUACGGGCGGAUGUGCUGAUGAAAGCAAGUGCCAGAAGAAGAUUGGCAGAUUCCUGGAACAAGCUAAGGACAAGAAGGUUGUGAUUGACAUCAAAAAGCGGCAAAGGAGGGCCCUGAAUUUCCAUGAAGAAAAAAUUCACAAGUUUGACAAGAAGCAGUUGUCAGUCCUGUACAAUAAGGCGUUCAAACUCUGGACAGAACACUGCAGUCUCAAAGUGGCCGAAAUCCACAAACAUUUUCUACAGUGGCACAGGAUGUUUGCCAGACUUCAAACGCAAAUCGAAAUGCUACAGAAAGAAAUCAAGGGAACUAAUUCAGCAAUCAAGAAAUACACCCGUCAAUUUCAGACUGGGUUAGAACCAGGACUAUCCACCAACAUGAGUGGAACCAGUCUAAGCUCUCUUGAUAUGGACAGCCAGCCUCCGAUGUCGACCUUGACAGCUCCGUAUGUAUCAGUCGUAACGUCUGGGCAGACCAGACGAAAGGAGUUGACGGCAAACUUGAUCAAUCGAUUAGACGAUGUGAGAGAUGGCCAAAGUGAGUUAAAGCGAAUGGUUAGCGAAAAUGACAAACUUCAACAAAAGAGCAUGCAGUUGAUGGACCUUGAAGAUUUGACCUUGACCGAUAUUGACUCAGGCACAAGUUUGGGAACAAAUGGCUCAUAGUUUGAGGGACUCUGUGAUAUUUCAUGAACUUCUAAAUACACAUUUAUUAUUUAGAUAUUUUUUUUUUAUUUUUUUAUUUUUAUUUUUAUGAUUUAUAUGCUUUACGGAAAACACUGAAAUAGUUUUGAAAGAAACAAGAUUAUAUUUUGUUUUGCAAUGAAAUAUGUUUAAACAUGUUAGUGUUUUGUGUGUUUUAAGCUGAUCUAGCUUUAAAAAGUAUAUGCGUGAACAUAUAUUACCAUUUUACCUAGGGUUUGUAAGAGAAUGGAUAUACAUGUACAUGAAUUGCUGAAAAGGUUGAAAAAUUGUUUCUACAUGUAUCCUAGAUUUUACAUAUUUGAUUCAGUGCAAAUUAUUAUGAUGCAACAUGUUUAUUGAUUCGGGUCUGGCCAUAUUCGAAGGAUGCAGUGGAAAUUUUAUGACCGUAUGUGCAACUUGUUGAUUGAUUCGGGUUUGGCCAUAUUUGAAUGAUGCAGUGCAAAUUUUAUGACCGUAUGUUCAACUUGUUUAUUGGUUCGGUCCUGGCCAUAUUUGAAUGAUGCAGUGCAAAUUAUUAUGACCGUUUGUGCAACUUGUUUAUUGGUUUGGGUCAGGCCAUAUUUGAAUGAUGCAGUGCAAACUAUUAUGACCGUAUGUGCAACUUGUUUAUUGGUUCGGGUCAGGCCAUAUUUGAAUGAUGCAGUGCAAACUAUUAUGACCGUAUAUGCAACUUGUUUAUUGAUCGGGGUCAGGCCAAAUUGAUUAAAUGUUUAACAUCAUUGGACGGGAAGGUUAUUUUAACUUUAAGAGUGAGACGAGCAACAUUUAUCUAAAUCUAAAUUAAGCAAACAAAUAUAAUAGAAUGAGACCAGCAACAUUUAUCAAAAUAUAAAUUAAGCAAACAAAUAUAAUAUGCUGGAAGUUGAUUUCUUACAUAACAAUAAUCCGGGUAAAAAUAUGACACACUGGGAGUCUCAGUCUUCCAUUUGUUUAAAAUCUCAUUAACAGUCCGGGAUAAAUAAAAACCAGCUACACCGGUUUCAAUUUUCAAUUUACGCACCAACUUUUUAGCCAUUUUUUGUUACUGAAAUUGGUCCGACAAAGUCAGAUUCGGUCCAGGUCGGGAUAUUGUCGAUUUUUAGAAACUCUGCUUGGUGAUUUACUGGUUUAAAUGUAUGAACAUGCAUAUGUGUAUGAUGACUUUCAUUGGUGAAAUCUGCUAUAAGGUAAAAAAAUAUAGUUAACACUGGGAAGGGAAAACUUGUUUAAAUGAACCUGCAAAUGUAUAUGCUGUUUUCAUUGGUAAAACUGCUAUCAGGUCAAAAUAUAUAGUUUACACUGGGAGAAGUUAACUUCUUUAAAUGUAUGAAUCUGCAAUUGUGUAAGAUGUUUUUCAUCGUUAAAUCUGAUAUCGGGGUCAUUUGUGGUAUAGAUAUGAGAUCUGAUUUUCCCUUGCCACUUUCUUUUUCCUGCACGUUGGUAGGUUUUGAAAAUGGAGCUUGACCCUAAACAAUGAAACUGUUUGGCAUGGUCACAUUUGAUGUCUUGUAUCUUUAUUCAAUAAAACAGAUCUGCAGGCCCCAGUUUCUUAAAAAAUCUUACAGUGCUUGUUAUCAGGAUUAAGCUUAAAUACUUUUUUGUAUAAUCAAAUUAUAUUCUCAUUUUUUUUUUCAAAACAUAGAAAUUAUCUUUCUAAUGAUCACAAUGUUUUUUAUUUUUUAUUUUUUGUUAAUUUAAGUUUAAGUCACGUUAUUUGGUUUAAUGAAAUAAGAUACUUAAGCUAACCAGGUCAAAGAUUUUUCGAGUAGUUUUGACCAGUUCUUUUAUCAAAAAAGAGGAUAGCUGUAAUAUUAUAAAAAUGUCAUUGUAAUAUCUGUGUUCUGAAUACAGGUAUAUAAGAAUAAUAUUCAAUUAGAUUAAGCACUUUUAAUUAACUCAUUUAUAUUUUUAAAGGGUCAUACAUCGAAAAACAUAAUUUGUAUGAAAUAUGAGCAAGACGCUUGAAACCUGAUAGAACAUUGUCACGAGCUCGAAAAUUGCUAUUUUGUUAACAGAUAUAAAAUGCAAUACAAAUUCUCUAUUGUGGCAAGAAAUCUUAGUAAUGCUUUUGAAAAUUUAGUUUUAAUCUGUCGAUGAUUCCUUUUGAAAAACAUAAUACAAGUCAUGUAAUGUGAUUAAUAUGCGUAAUAAUUGUUUCAAUUAUUUGUUACUGAGGCGAUAUUUAUAGAAUUGUUUAAGUCUUUUUCUUAACUUAAGUCAUUUCCUAACUGAUGACAUUUUCCUAACUUACAACAAUGUAUUUCAUUUUCCUAACUUAAGUCAUUUUCUUUACGUAUGAAACUUCUCUUAUAUGAUAUAUUACGUUAAUAUUGAUAAUAUCUUAAAUGCUUGCUAUUUAACCAAUCUAUCAUAAAUACGUACUUUUUUGUUAAAACAAAUCAACGUCUUUUAAUUUGUCUAUGAACAACUUAGGAAACCGAAUUAAGUAUAGAAAUAUCUUAAGAAGUUGAAUACUGCCUCUGUAUUUCUGUGUUAAAUUGACUUGAUUGUGAAUCCAUACAAGAUCAUUGAAAUAAAGUGAAAUAUCAUUUAGAUAA